GCGCCGCACGCCCCGGUCCGACCCCGCACCGCACCCGUGCACCCGCCAUGGAGCCCGCAGCACCCCGCCGCCGCCACACCCACCAGCGCGGCUACGCCGUGACGCGGAACCCCCACCUCAACAAGGACUUGGCUUUUACCCUGGAAGAGAGACAGCAGUUGAAUAUUCAUGGAUUGUUGCCACCUUGCUUCAUCAGUCAGGACAUCCAGGUUCUUAGAGUAAUUAAAAAUUUUGAGCGUCUGACCUCUGACUUUGACAGGUAUCUACUUUUAAUGGAUCUUCAGGACAGAAACGAAAAGCUCUUUUAUAGUGUGCUAAUAUCUGACAUUGAGAAAUUCAUGCCUAUUGUUUAUACCCCCACUGUGGGUCUGGCUUGCCAGCAAUAUAGUCUAGCAUUUCGGAAGCCAAGAGGUCUCUUCAUUAGUAUCCAUGAUCGAGGGCAUAUUGCUUCAGUUCUUAAUGCAUGGCCAGAAGACGUCAUCAAGGCCAUCGUGGUGACUGAUGGAGAGCGUAUUCUUGGCUUGGGAGACCUUGGCUGUAAUGGGAUGGGCAUCCCUGUGGGCAAGCUGGCACUGUAUACAGCCUGCGGAGGGAUGAAUCCUCAAGAAUGUCUGCCUGUUACUCUGGAUGUGGGAACAGAAAAUGAGGAUUUACUCAAAGAUCCAUUGUACAUUGGACUACGGCAGAGAAGAGUGAGAGGUCCUGAAUAUGAUGAUUUUUUGGAUGAAUUCAUGGAGGCAGUUUCUUCCAAGUAUGGAAUGAAUUGCCUUAUUCAGUUUGAAGAUUUUGCCAAUAUAAAUGCCUUUCGUCUCCUGAAGAAAUAUCAAAACCAGUACUGCACGUUCAAUGAUGAUAUUCAAGGAACAGCGUCUGUGGCAGUAGCGGGCAUCCUUGCGGCUCUUCGAAUAACCAAGAACAAACUGUCUGAUCAAACAAUACUGUUUCAAGGAGCUGGAGAGGCUGCCUUAGGGAUUGCACACCUGAUUGUAAUGGCCAUGCAAAAAGAAGGUUUACCAAAAGAGAAAGCCGUGAAGAAGAUAUGGUUGGUUGACUCAAAAGGAUUAAUAGUUAAGGGAAGAGCUGCCCUAACACAAGAGAAGGAGGAAUUUGCCCAUGAACAUGAAGAAAUGAAGAACCUGGAAGCCAUUGUUCAAGAAAUAAAACCAACUGCCCUCAUAGGAGUUGCUGCAAUUGGUGGUGCAUUCUCAGAACAGAUUCUCAAAGAUAUGGCUGCCUUCAAUGAACGGCCUAUUAUUUUUGCUUUGAGUAAUCCAACUAGCAAAGCAGAAUGUACUGCAGAGCAGUGCUAUAAACUAACCAAGGGGCGUGGGAUCUUUGCCAGUGGCAGUCCUUUUGAUCCAGUCACUCUUCCAAAUGGACGGACCCUGUAUCCUGGCCAAGGAAACAAUUCCUAUGUGUUUCCUGGAGUGGCUCUUGGUGUCGUGGCUUGUGGACUGAGACAUAUCACGGAUAAGAUUUUUCUCACAACGGCUGAGGUUAUAGCCCAGGAAGUAUCAGAUAAACACUUGGAAGAAGGCCGGCUUUAUCCUCCUUUGAACACCAUUAGAGAUGUUUCUCUGAAAAUCGCAGCAAAGAUUGUGAAAGAUGCUUACCAAGAAAAGACAGCCACAGUUUAUCCUGAACCCUCAAACAAGGAAGACUUUGUCCGCUCUCAGAUGUAUAAUACUGAUUAUGACCAGAUUCUACCUGAUUGUUAUUCUUGGCCUAAAGAGGCCCAGAAAAUACAGACCAAACUUGAGCAGUAGCAUAAUAACUGACAUUUCUAAUUCUGUUAAUGAGAUCUUAAAGUGUUUCAUAAUUUUUAAAGAUUGGGAUCUUUUAUAAUAACUCAUUAGACUACGAAUUUUACUUUAACAAUAAAAGUUCGUGGAAGGAUAUUAAUAUACUUUAGGGUAAACAUCACACUAGAUAAUUUUGCUUCAUUUACUUUCUUGUUAUUUAUGGUUUCUCUCUUAAUUAUUUUGCCCAAGUUCUCUUUAAAAGCUAUUGUACCUACUACUGAGAAACACACAAUUUUUAUAUAGAGAACUAAUGGAAAGACCAAAAUAGUAAUAAAUUGAUAUACUCAACAUUAAAAUCCA